AUGGAUAACAACUCUUCGUCCAUAAAGCUAUUAUGGGGGCCUCCUGGAACAGGUAAAACAAAGACCAUCAGCUCUAUCUUGUGGGCCAUGCUCAUCAAGGGCCGAAGGACACUUGCCUGUGCACCUACCAAUACUGCUGUGUUAGAGAUUGUGGCUCGAAUUGCCAAGCUCAUUGUGGAAUCUUCAGAUGGGUCCGUCUUCUUGAAUGACAUUGUUCUGUUUGGAAACAAAAAGAAUUUGAAGAUAGAUGAUGUUUGUAGCUCAUUCAGGUUGUACGAUGUACCUAUGAUUCCUUUGGAGUUGCUGAUCAUUGACGAGGCUGCACAACUCAAAGAGUGUGAAACCUUAGUUCCUUUGCAGCUGCCUGGCAUAAGGCAUGUUGUUUUCAUUGGUGACGAAUAUCAAUUACCUGCCCUUGUGAAGAGCAAAAUAUCUGAUAGUGCUAAUUUUGGACGAAGUGUUUUUGAGAGGUUAAGUUCUCUAGGCUAUAGUAAGCACCUUCUCAAUAUUCAAUACAGGAUGCAUCCAGAAAUAAGCAAGUUUCCAGUUGGUACAUUCUAUGGUGGCAAGAUAUAUAAUGGCCCCAAUGUCAGUCAUAAGGACUGUAACAAGAAUUAUUUAGCAGGAAAAUUGUUUAGGUCAUAUUCAUUUAUAAAUAUUGAUGGCAGCCAUGAAACAGUUGAAAAGCAUAGCCGGAGCCUGAAAAACUUGAUAGAAGUUGAUGCGAUUGUGCUGUUGGUGCAGAGAUUAUUCAAAGAGACGGUUUAUACAGGAAGCAAGCUCUCUGUUGGUGUUGUGUCCCCGUACAAUGCUCAA